GCACUCCUUUGCAUUUUAGUCGAAAGUUUGUGAGAAGGAAGUGGUUAGUGAAAGUCUGUGUCUGUACGAUAAUUACUGUAAAAAAACCUGCAAUAUUAUUAAACAUUUUGUGAAUUAUGGCAAGUGAAGCACAAAGGUUAAUUGGGAUAUCAUUAACAAAAAUUGCACAAAGUAGAUCUCAUCGCGGAGGUGUUAGUUUGCACAAAAAUUUACUUGUUGCUACUGUGCUACAGAAAGCGCGGUAUAUUUUUAUGGAAGAGGCUUACAACAUGGUCCAUUAUCAAGCACCAGCGCCAGUUCAAGUUAGGCCUGUGGUUCCUGAAGAAGAUUUAGUUGGAUUAACUGCCGAGGAAGCCGGUUUAGAGUCGACUGAUCUUCCUGAUGACAUACAGCAAUCUUCUUCAAGUAGUGACAAUUUACAAGAGUUUUUGCAAGCAACGUGUGUUAAGUGUGCGGAAAAUCAAGAUAAAGAGAAUCACCCGCCUUAUCAUUCUUCGGAAUUGACUUAUUUCGACUUGGACAAAAGUUCUAAUGUGUUACGUGAAAGAAGCAACUCGCCCUCAUUAAAAAGACGACGAGCAGUAGCCGAAUGGGAGACCGAAGAAGCCGUCCAAUCCAUCUUGCCGAAAAGAAGUAAACAGGAUGAGGAAAGUGAGGUGCAUGACGACUCGGUUUUUUUGGAUGACGCUACGCUUCUGUCUGACGUAGUAAGCAAAGAGGUUGACGCGGCGUCGGAGAGAAACCAGGAGUCAAAUGGGGGGUCUGCUAUGGAAAUCGAUCGCAUUACGUCAUUGGUGUCCAUAUUCAGUUUUAGUAUGGGAGAUGGGAAACUCAACAGGUCGAUGUCCACGCCAGAUUUAUGUUCGGCACAAGCAAAGGACACUGGAGAUGGUUUACAACAACGGCCUUUUCUAGCUAUGACUGUAUAAUAGAAGUGAUAGCUGCUAUUUUUCUAGGAAAUAUCGCCGCCCGUCGAGGCUGACCCCAACUUCCGCCAGAAGCAUCAGGAGUAGCGUGUUGUGAAAUAAAUUUCUUACAUACGAUCUCCUUUUGACAACGAAGAGUAUUUAUUUUCUUUGCAAAUUUGUCAUAGUUAUCAAAAUUAUGUGUGCUAUAUUUUGUGAUACAAUAUAGUUUAUUUGACAUUUGCAAAGAAAAUGGCUUAUUUCGUGACGGUAUUAAAAUACCAGACCAUGUGAUAGUGAUGUUAACUAUGUAAUUGUAUUUUUGUAAAAAUGGAUGCGUGAAGGGGUGAAUCAACCCUGAACCUUUAAGUCUUUGUUCUUGCCAGAGGCAGAAAAUUCUAUUCUUAGAAAUACAUUCCAUUUUAAUAUCUACCUGGGCCCAGGUAGUUGUAGACAUGUUUAUUUGUGUAGGUAUCUCUAAAUGUUUAAUCUUAGUCAAAUAGGAUGAAUGAGAUCCAGAGUUUAUCAUUUUAGACUUGAAUGUUCAGGGACAAAAACUGUAGAUAAAUAAUGGCUUCGUUUUAGGAGCUACUAAUUUUAUUCUUGUAUAUAACGAAUUAUUAAUUAUACACUAUAUUGUAUAUUUGAAAUAAAUUUUUAAUAUAA